UUGUUUCCGGAGCAGCGUCUCCCGGUUCCACCCGCCCCCCCUGCCGGAGACCAGAGGCAUUUGAGAGGAGGGAGGAGAAACAGAAACAAGCCAAGAGGGAGAAACGGAGGAGAAAUAAUAAAAAAAGGACCAUCAGAGAGAGCCCACCGACGGAGGAGGAGGACGUGAACCCUCAGCAGAAAGAGAGGAGUAACGUCCUUGUGAUUGGAUGAAGGCGGCACCGCUGCCUAACAGAAUGGACCUGCUGCAUCUGGACAUUUUCUCCAAGCCCUAAUUCUCUGAUCUGCAGCUGAGUCUACAGAACUCCAAUCUGUGAAGCGUAUCGCUCUGUGACCGACCCUCUACCAGGUCCCACGUCUUGUGCAGCGAUGAUGUCGAUGGAUGUAACAAACCACAACGGCCCUGCUGCCACGCCUCCCACCUCCCUCAGCCUUCGCUCCUCACACAACCAGCUACUCAGCAGCAACAUCGCCAAACAGGGCUCGGCCACGCCCCCCAAGUGUCGUAAAAAGUAUGCCCUCACAAGUAUCCAGGCCGCCAUGGGGCUCGGUGAAGCGGCGCCGCCACCUGCAUCGUCGCCAUCACUUUCCCCGUCGCAGUCCUCUAACCCCAGCAAUUCCAAACUGACCAAAAACGGAGUUAACCAYCUCCGUAAAGCUGGUCAGGACCACAACAAAAACACAACCGGACCAGACCCAGUGGAUCUUGAGUGCAAUGAGGAGACUGCAGCGGAUGAUCUCAAUGUCAACGCAGUGGAAGAACAUGACAGUCACUCUUUGACCAACAAUGACCGAGAGGAAGAUGUUGAACUGCAGCCACAAGCUAGCAGUGAUUCAGAGUCGGAACCAAAAACAGAAUCAGAUGUGGACUGUACCGUGGAGCUCACACUCAACAGCAACAUGGCAGAUCUGGACUUUGACUUGAACACUGAGGCGGAAGAAAAUGAUGACAUCAGCAUUCUGUCUGAAAAAGAAAUAAUGUCUAAGAUAAAGACUGAGGAGGAGGAGGAGGAGGUGGUGGAGGAGGACCUGGAAGAGGAGGAACAGAAACCAUUGCUGAUGCUAAAAAGUGAAUCCCCCGUUAAGAGUCACAAAGAUCCUCCGGUCCUCGAACUCAUCUCUGAUCUUGACUCCAACCUGAAGCUCCUCCAGUCGGGCAGGAGCCCCGUGGUGCCUCCUCCUCUUUCCCCACCACGGCAAGUCAGCCCCGAGGUCGCUCCCCUGCUCUCCGUUCCCUCCUGCCCCUCCUCUUCCUCGUCCUCUCCAGAGACGAAGAAGGACAGAAGGACUGGAGCGAAGACGGACUGCGCUUUGAACCGCAUCCAGAAUCUGAACCCCAGUGAUGAAGAGCUGAGCUGGACCACUCUGUCCCAGGAGAGCAACUCACCUGAAGAGACAGAUGUCUGGAGUGAGCAGACCUUCCAGACUGAUCCUGACCUGCCUCCAGGAUGGAAGAAGAUCACAGACAUGGCUGGAAUCUACUACUGGCACAUUCCUACAGGCACCACCCAGUGGGAGCGGCCUUCCAGCCGUCCACCUGGUCAGACCGAGACCCCGCCCCCGGGCGAUCACACGGCCUCAACUCCACCUAAACGCUCGCUGGGCUUCCUCAGCCCCUCACCCACUCCUGACCACGAGUCGUGCCAAGCGGAGAUCUUCUUCAGGGCUUCAACUCGCUCAGGAAGCACCACCUCUGACAGCUCAGUGGAGCCUCUCUCCUCCCAGGAGCCCACCUUCUCCACGUGUGGAUUUGUCAACAGCUGCUACUUUCCUCGUUCCACGUCUUUGCAGGGGAUUCCUGAUCCGGAAAGUUGCUCUAAGCAGCAGGACGAUGAAGACAAGAAACAGGUGUGGAGUGAAUAUGGCGGAAAAAUUGAUAGUGAAGUGUGGAAGGACCUGCAGGCAGCCACGGUGAACCCUGACCCCAGUCUGAAGGAGUUUGAGGGCGCCACACUUCGAUAUGCAUCUCUCAAAUUAAGGAACCGUCCAGCUGUGGAGGAAAACGAGUCCAGCAGCGUCAACUGUGACUCUGAGUCCAAAUGUUUUGCAGUGCGCUCUUUGGGUUGGGUAGAGAUGGCCGAGGAGGACCUGGCUCCCGGAAAGAGCAGCGUCGCUGUCAAUAAUUGCAUCCGACAACUCUCCUACUGCAAAAACGACAUCCGAGACACUGUCGGCAUCUGGGGCGAGGGGAAGGACAUGUACCUGGUGUUGGAGAAUAACAUGUUGAACCUGGUUGACCCCAUGGACCGCAGUGUGCUUCAUUCUCAACCCAUUGCAAGCAUCCGAGUGUGGGGCGUUGGCCGGGACAACGGCAGAGAGAGGGAUUUUGCGUAUGUGGCACGAGAUAAAAACACCAGAAUCCUGAAAUGUCAUGUGUUCCGCUGUGACACACCAGCCAAAGCCAUCGCCACGAGCCUGCAUGAGAUCUGCUCCCGGAUAAUGACAGAGCGAAAGAAUGCCAAAGCCAUGGCAGGAGGCUCUCUGCAGGACAGGAUGCAGGCAGGACUAGAUCUCCCUUUACAAGAGUUUCCCACACCAAAGACAGAGCUGGUUCAGAAAUUUCAGGUGCUCUACCUCGGUAUGAUGCCUGUGGCCAGACCAAUAGGUAUGGAUAUCCUGAACGGAGCCAUCGACAGUCUGAUUGGUUCCUCUAACAGAGAGGACUGGACCCCGGUGGCUCUGAAUGUGGCCGAUGCCACAGUGACCAUCAGCAAGGAAGAGGAUGAAGAGGAAGUGCUUGUGGAGUGCCGCGUCCGUUUCCUGUCGUUCAUGGGCGUCGGGCGCGACGUGCACACAUUUGCCUUCAUCAUGGACGCUGGCGGCCAUCGUUUUGACUGUCACGUGUUCUGGUGUGAGCCCAACGCUGGGAGUGUAUCUGAGGCUGUUCAGGCAGCUUGCAUGCUGCGGUAUCAGAAGUGCUUGGUGGCCCGACCGCCCUCCCAGAAGGCCUGCGGCUCAUCGCCACCCGGAGACUCCGUGUCCCGCCGAGUCUCCACCAGCGUGAAGCGUGGCGUCCUGUCGCUCAUCGACACGCUCAAACAGAAGAGACCCGUUGCCGAGUUGCCGCAGUAAAACGGCUUCCUGCCACGGCUCCCAGCCGCCACGCUAACUCAUCGCAUUGCUGCUGAAACCCGUCACCGCCGCCGCCAAUUCCAGCGACCACGAAAACACCGUAAAGCCCCAAGCGUUUGGAGAAACUGGUUUCAUUCCAGCAUUAUUUGGGAACAAGUAGGAAUUCCACCUUUUAAGAGUGUACCAAGUUUCCUCAAAAUAACUGAGCAGACCUCGAGUAACGUCGGAUCAGCCGCGAGGGACGCCUGAGUGACCGUGUAUAUAAAGGUAAUCAUCCCACUCAUCACAGUGUGAGGAGAGCAGAAACUGGUCGAGCCCAGCAGCUGUGAUGAGCGAGCUCACUGCUAACCCAAACGCUCCUGUCCUCAUGCUCUGUUUGUCUGCCAGCAUGCCCCUCCACAGCAGACCAAACUCCCAAUCAGUCACCUCCUGUUAGUCUGUAGUGGCUUUUCCCCGCCCCCUCUGUCUGUCCUCCAUGUCUUCAAUCCACUUUUACUUUUUAAACAAAGAAAAAAAGAAGGAUGAACAAAAGCCAUUAUGUUUUGUUUUUUUAAUAAUCUGCAAAUAUUGAGUAGAAGAACAAAGGAAGCUGCUACAGACUCGAGAGAGAUUUCAGUCGACGCCCCCUAACGUGUUCAACACAUCAAGCAUGACCUUUUUAUUAUCUAAAUGUGAACCGUUCUAAACAGUAUCAAUAUAUAUCGCUGCUGCUUUCAGAAACUGAAGAUGAAAAUCAGAAGACGCGCUGAUGUUCGUCUGAGAUUUCUGUGCUUUCUGUCAGCUGUGGAACGAGUGGUGACCGUUCACCUGAAACAUCCGACAUAUUCUUCCUUUAUCUCUCAAAGUGACAGACAAUAGCCAUAACGGAGGAAGAGACACAAGGAUGGUUCCUUUUUUUGCUUUUUUGGGGGGUUUGUUUUGCUAUUCUGCUCUGGUAACCAGCGCUAGACGCCUGUUUGAUACUCAUGCUGGAAGGUAAUACGAGCGUAUCUUUAUGCUCAGUUCAAACUUUGUGUCCACAAAUGAAAAAAAAGAUAAUGUGAGGAAGGUGAUUUUAUAUCAAGUGUGGUUGUUUGUUGUUUUUUUUCCAUCUAAAAGCUGGAAAACAAAUGAAGCAAUUUUACCGUCAGCCUCAGCGGGGCUGCUAUUUGUCUUGAAGGGUUUAUCCCACUUCAGUGUGCUUUCUGUGCUUUUUCAUUCAAAGUGAUAGUUCAAAUAAUUUCAAGUGGGGUUCUGUGAAAAGGUUAUGAACAAUUAUCUUACCUGUAAUAGAUACCACCUUGAGCAACCUAAGAAACAGAAUUUUAAUUCUGAUAAGUUCACAACUAUUCAAACAUUUUCCUGCAGGUAUUAAUUUAUAAACUGUUACAUCUCAGUCAAUUUUAAAAUUUGUGCUUAUUCAAGCAGGUAUGUUAACAAUAUUCAGUUGAAUCUUUGUUUUUUGUCUUGAUGGCAAAGAUGUAAAAGUCUGGUAGUUUUGUCACG